AUGUCUGAUGUUACCACUCUACUCCAGAGAUCGACGACGGCACCCAGCACCAUUGAGAAAUCAUUGGCUAGCCUGGAAUUGCAAUACUUUAAAGCUGUCUCCCUAUACCGACGUCGAAAUUAUGAAAAAUGUGUUGAGGUGUGCAAUGCAAUGUUGCAAGCAGGUCACGAAAAUAAUGUCCAAAUGUUUCAGACACCACCGGACCAGGAGGAUGGUUGGCAGGAGGAGAAGGAGGAGAACUACAGAAAUAUUUCUGGGGUAUUGCAGCAGCAGACCAAUAACAUCAUCGGCUCAACUGGUGGUGGAGGAGGCGGAGUAGCAGCUUCCUUUAGUUUUAUGCACACGUGGAUGAUGGAAGGCGUUUGGCAAUUAAAAAUGCGCGCACUUACGCAACGCAUCUACAUUGAUGACUUGGAAACAAAUGAUGCCGAUGAUGCUGUCAACGAAGAAGUUGAAUUUGAAAGAAUAGCCACAACAGCACGACCGGGAACAUCGAUAAAAACCGCCUUUAUACCAAGGCCCAGUACAAGUACCCUACGCAGUUCAACAGCAAUGUCAAGAAGAGGCCAGAAAACGGCAGAAAGUGGAAUUACCAAGCGAAGCUUAACAUCCAGCUUAGGCAGUAGGCCAACAUCGGGAAUGGUAAGUUGAAUAUGAAUAGAAAAAUUGAAAUCUCUAAUAAAAUGCUUAUAGGCACGGCCCGGUACUAGUGGCCUAAGUCGUCCAGGUUCUUCAAUGGGUGGUGGUAGACCCGCUUCAAGUUGCGGCACAGCCUCACGAGUGAGAGCAACUUCAGCUGCGGCCUUUACAAUAGGUGAUGCCACAGCUCCACUGUAUCAGGCGUCACGCCUUAAUCCCACAAUCUAUGCAGAACGUAAAGUUCUGGUGAAAGCUCUCUUUCAAUUUCUCUAUUAUCAUGAGGCAGAUGUCCUAAAGGCAUAUUCCCUAUGCGAAGCUGUAAUGGAGGUGCAUAAACAAAAAAGAGGUUCUUCGGCAUCGCUGCGCUCUCUGGCUAACUGUGAUGAAUGGUGGUGGCAACAACAAAUGGGUCGUUGCCUGCUGGCAUUAAAAUAUCCCCGCAAAGCUGAAUCCUAUUUACAACAGUCGCUGACAAAUUUUCAACAUCCUGACACCUAUAUUUUAUUGUCACGACUUUAUCAGCGUUUGGAUCAAUUGGAUCAAGCAAUGGUGUUAAUACAAUCGGCAGUGGAUCGUCAUCCUUUCGAUGUUACAUUUCGCAUUGAACAGGGUCGGCUGUUGGACGCCAUGGCCAAGGUGGAGGAUUCUAUGCAAAUGUAUCGUCUGAUAGCAAAAUUGAAUCCGAUUAACGUUGAGGCAUUGGCAUGCAUUGCUUUGAAUUAUUUCUAUGAUAAUAAUCCGGAAAUGGCGCUGAUGUAUUAUAGACGAAUUUUAUCCCUGGGAGUCCAUUCCUGUGAACUGUACUGUAACAUAGGCCUCUGUUGUUUAUAUGGUGGACAAAUUGAAUUGGUUUUGCCCUGCUUUCAACGGGCCUUACUGACAGCCAAGACCUCCGAACAAAAAGCGGAUAUUUGGUAUAACCUCAGCUUUGUGGCAAUUACCACCGGAGAUUUUAAUUUGGCUAAACGUUGUCUACAACUUUGUCUAACAUCCGACGCAAGAAAUGGAGCAGCCCUCAACAAUCUCUCGGUGUUGGCUGCCUAUACGGGUGAUAUUUUAAAGGCCAAGUCCUAUUUGAAUGCCGCCAAAGAUGUUAUGCCCGAAUCGGAAGAAGUCGAAACAAAUCUCAAAUAUAUGGAUGAACAUUAUAAAUUAUAA